AUGCAGUUGGAAGACAAAGCCACUAGACGUGUCAUGGCAGCUGAAAGACGUUUGCUCACAGCCAAGUUGAAGGAAGACAAACGUGUAGCCACUGAACAGCGCCGAAAAAAUGCCCAAGAGAGAAAAGAAGCUGAAGAGCGAGAUAAAGAGGCAAGGCGGAUGGUCCGGCUCCAGAACGAAGAGCUGCGAGGUAAGAAGUCAGCAAAAAGGGCCAAGAUGUAG